AUGAGUCUCUUGUUCUACUGGACUGGUAUCGUCGCCUUGAUCUUCCAAGCGUGGCUCACCUUUGCGUCACACAGUGCCAUUCGUAAGCUAUUGGGAUAUGAGUUCUUCAAGGCAACGCACUUCUUUGCUGUUGUCAUAUUCAUGCUUACUUUCUUUUGGCACUGCGACUACACCCUAACAUCCUGGCACUAUUUCAUAGGCACAGCUGCUGUAUAUGUUCCGUGCUACGUCUACCCAUGGCUAAGAACCCUCUUCGAGUAUGGAGUUCGAACAAAAGCUCAUGUCAAAGUGGAGGACAACGGUUUCGUCCGUGUCACCAUCCCCGCCAACUUCACAUGGGAGAUAGGACAGCACUGCUUCUUACGUUUCACUGGAUUUGGACUUGCACAAGCCUUGUCAGCUCACCCGUUCACUAUUUGCUCCCUGCCAGCACCAUCCCCAGAUGACCAGUCAUUCCUUGUCUUUUAUCUCAAGAAACACCAAGGCUUUACUUCAAAGCUCUAUGAAUACGCCUUGCAAAACCCGGGAGCUCAGGUCUCGGUGCUAGUCGAUGGACCAUACGGAGGCAUCAAUACACAGCGUUUCGUGAAUAACAACCAACUCGUUGUCAUCGCGGGAGGGUCAGGAGCUGGCUGGACGUUGCCAUUCAUCGAGCAGUAUAUUGCGACCCAGACAGGUCAGGACGAUAAAGACUGCAAAGAAGGCCAAAGAGAGGGAUCUCCGUUUUCAUCACUUCGUGUGAUACUAGCAAGUCGAGAUGCCGAGAGCUGCAGCUGGUAUCGACAAGUUGUGAGCGAGACGUUGCUCAAGUACUCAGACAAAAUGAUAUCGGGGUUGCAAGUGCAGAUCCAUCGCACCAGCGGAGGCAUAGCAGAAUCAAGCCUCCCAUCGAACAGUAGCUUCGUGCCUGGCAACAAAGAGUCGGGAAGUGAAAGAGCAACAGAAGGUCUGAUAUCAUUUGACGAACUGCAUGGCCGACCUGACUUGCCAGGGAUUCUGAAAGAGCUGGCAAGCCGUAUGACAUCUGCUGACUCUCUUGGUGUAUAUGUCUGUGGUCCGGAUACUAUGCAGAAUGACGUUCGAAAUGCUGUGGCGUCUCUCAAUUUGGAUAUUCUUGGGAGUGCAGAUUCUGGGGGAGUCUUAACGGGCCCCAUUGAAUCUGCGGCAUUUCCCCGUAUCCCUCAAGAAAUCAUCGUCGCGAUUGUCUCAGAGGUAUUACUCCUCUGCGGCAAUCCUAAAGACCUGCGCUUCAGCGAAACCUCUGACCAACUAAAAGCCUUGGGAUUGACGCACCGAAAGUUUGCCGAUUGUAGUUAUGUGAACAAGUUGCUGUUCGCCAACAUACAGCUCAAGCCAACACGCGAGCGUCUGCGAAACAUUCAACGUGGCGACUUUUCACGGGUGGCCGGCUAUACACAAUCCAUCACUUUUAUCGCAUAUGCAAGCUGGAAGCUAGUGUCCGAAACAUGGGAGCGGUUAAUCCUUUUCAACACGCCGGACCACAACCCAGAUAGUACUGUAUCCCUGGCUCAUGGAACGUACAUAAACGACGCGAAAGAAGCACAGAGAUUGCUUGAGGACCCAGAUGGUGAGCUGAUAGAGACGUGGACCAACGCCCUCCAGAUGGUCGGGAGUCGUCUUGAAAAGGUCAGGUUGGCCCACAAUAUAGAUUACAAGGGCCUCUACUUGCAAGAUUCCGAUGGGCCGAUGGAUUGGAAGAACCUUCGUUUGCAUGUUCCCAAUACAAGGAUCGAGACGCAUAAGGACUUGACGCCGAGAUUCCUCCGCAAUGAAGACGGCGUUGACAAUGCCACUUAUGCCCGAGACUAUGCCUGUGCUAUAGUAGCCGAGAGGCUCUUCAACACGGCCAUAACAUGUCUAUCGGCUUCAGGCAUCGCGAUUUCAAGCCUCUCGAUCGAGGUAGACAUGCUGGGAAACGUGGAAUGUAAAGAGAUCCCAGGAUGGCAACAACUCGAUUUGAGCAACUUGAAGGAACUGAAUCUUAGUACUCUAUAUCCACACAUGCCGUGUGACUUAUUCACAGAAACGGCCAUGACUAGUUUUCUGUACAAACGAACGCAACAUGUCCAGCGGAAGAUUGGAGAUUUAGCUCACGACCUGAUCGACAAGUGUCAUUCUACGCUAGAAACCUUUGGAUUCUCUCGCGACAGUAUGCCUGGUUAUCGAGCGGUUUGGCCAACACGCGCUGCAACAUACGACUUGCCAGGGCUCCAAGACCUGGAACUGGGGACACUGAUUGACCCCCGACUUCUCCACGACUGGCUCCUUAGAAUGAAGGAUCUGCGCUCGUUGUGGGUAUAUAACGACCUUGCUCACCAACCCCUGGUGAAUUGGCGGUAUAUGCUUGAUGCGAUUCGCGACCAUCCGAACGUAUCAGGUCCAGAUCCAAAGGGCAUCCAGUUUGAUUUUCCCUUCGAAAUCUAUUACGAGGGGGUAAUUUGUAAAGAUAGCAGUAUUGCAACGCCGAGGAAGAGGCCUGGAUCUAGAUAUCAUGCACUGGAAGCCCAUUUGUAUGGCAAGAUAGAAUUUAGUGACAAUCAGGCCUUGAUUGACAGGUUAGAGGGCAAUCACUCUGAAAUGGAGUGGGAAAGUGAGUGA